UGGCUGCAAAAAUGACAGAACAGACGGAAAUGAAUUUGACUAUUCAAAAGAAUUGUGUGAAGAAUAUUGUUGAGUGUUCUGUUCUGUUUGCGUUCCGAAGCUUCGAACAAUACUACUGGCAAACUUUCAAACCUAGAUUAAGGUCAUAGCGAAUCCCUGAUGCGACUAAUACUAUUCGCUAAUUGAAUUAGAUUUCUCUCUCUCUCUCUCUCUUUCUCAAAAAUUAGUCAGCUGAUUUCUCUUAACCCUCUAUAGUCUCGUACGAUUUUGCAAAGCUAGUCGAUUAUUGAUCGAUUAUUGAUCGAUUAUUGAUCGAUUUAAUCGAAAAAUGUCAUUGUUCGGUGAUCUGUCAUUAGUGUCUCCAAGAUAGUGGAAAAUUCUUAUGAAAAGAGAUUUUUGUGAGUCAUUUAAAAAGUUUGGCAAGAAGAGCCGGCAAUGUUACUCUUUAUGAACGCAAAGAUCCUCUUCCUAUCGUUCGUUCGAUCUCAAUCCAAUCAAUUGAAAAUUACAAUCACAACGACAAGAAAGUCAACGUGAUUUUUUACGUUGGCCAAUAUUAGACCGAUAACUUAUCUAAUCUAUCCAUAUAAUUGUUAGAAUAACACUUUUCCCAUUUUUACCCCCCCCUCCCCUCCCCUCCCUCAAAGUUAUUAUUAUUUGUCGUCAUCCUUUGAUCCUUUAAUCAUUCUAAUCAUUAUCGGCAUGGAAGUACCUAAUUUCUCGGAUCUCGGUAAAAGUGCACAAGAUGUCUUUAAGACAGGUUAUUACUAUGGCAAAGGUCUUUUUAAAUUAAACGUCAAGUCGAAGAAAACUGGUAUAUUUGAAAUGACCAGUGACUUGUUUAUAAAUGCUGAUACUUUGAAGUUGAAUGGUCUCUUGGAAACUAAAUACAAUACUGAAAACUAUGGAAAUAUCGUGCAAAAAUGGACGUCCGACGGAACGGCUUUUUUAGGCUGUGAAAUGACUGGGAAACUUCUCGAUGGUCUUACCCUGUUAUCCGAGUUCUUUUACAAUCCACAAACUACAUUUAAGGGCAUGAAACUCGACACGAAGUACGUCAACGAUAGGGUCAAUGGAAUUUGCACGUUAGCCAACGACAAUUUCGAUCCACAUUUGAACGUUUACGGUGCAAUUGUCAUGAGGUUUAAAGAGAUCUUCGUGGGUUACCAAUGUGGUUAUAAGACGGCUACCAAAAAGCUCACGAAGAACGACUUAGGAUUCGCUUUCAGCUACCGAGAUUUGGCGUUCCAUUUGAGAUGCACUUUGAUACCAAAUGAGUUUGGUUGUUCUGUUUUGUAUAAAGUUAAUUCAGAUUGGGAUAUCGCAUUGAAUGGAAUAUCGGCGAAAAGCGGAAGAAGACACGAAUGGAUGCUUGGACUAGCAGCGAAAUACAAAUUAGACGAAGAUUCGAUCCUACGGUUCAAGAUGAACAGCGCUAUGCAAUUGGGUACGAGCUUGCAACUAAAGUUGAACGAGAAUGCGACGGUCGCCUUUUCCUUUUGUUUCGAUUGUACGAAUAUUAACAGGGGAAAUCACAAAGUUGGCAUGGGCUUCUACAUAGAAGCUUGAAGAUGAGAACGUUAUUCGAUAUAUUUCAGAUAUGAUAUUAUUUUCAUAAUCAUAAUCAAUCGUUACAACUUACGAAUUUUCGCGUCAUUUCUUUUGCCGUCUGAUAACAACAUAUUUAUUUGUAAUGAUACAAUAAUAUAUAUUUUGUUUUUUAAUUAAUAAAACUGAAUUGAACGCGUUUUCAAGCGACGUUGUCUAUUAUGAAAAAUCAUUUGUUAACAUGCCUAUGAUUAUUGCUACAUUUUAGCUGUUUAUGCAUCAAUUAAUAAAGAAGGAUAAUAUGAAAAGCGAUUUCCUAUCUCGUUCGUAAUAUUUUCAGAUAACAAUAAAUGAAAAAAUAAACGUCGUCAUUGUACUUAUUUAUUUUCACAUUUUGAUGCGAUUUUAAACGUGGGAUUUUAUCAAAUCUAUUUAUAUAUAUUGUUUUUUCUGUCUUU